CUGUCAAUUCAAAUGGUAUUUGAUGAUAAUUUGAUUUGGAUAUUAAUAAUUAAUAGUCAAAAUUCAGAAACAAAAAUAUGAUAGUAGUGUGGUUCACAAACGGUUGUGUUUUAAGUCUUUUUCAUCCAUUAAACUUAUGAUGUAAAUAUCCCCGGCUUCGCUAGUCCAUGUGGAUGUGUCCUUGGGCAAGACACAGGUUCACUGUUGCGCAACAUGCGGAUGUCCUUUAAAUUUACAGGAAAAAGUGUGUUGACAAAGAUACACAUUGACGAACGAAUGAUGGUGAGGUGGCGGUAUGAUUUGUAAUUUGUCUUGAUUGUUAUCCAGAUAAACUGAUAAUAGAAGCCCUCUUGUGAUCUCUUUUCGCCACACCCUUUACAGGUACAGUGCACUCUGCCAGUGAGGGAGAGUUUCGUCAUUCUCUCUCUGAAGCUGAGGGGAACCGUUGUGUGGACAACUCUCAGUCGCUCUGCUCACCAUGACUGGAUCUGCACUCCUCAUUCUGGCCUCCCUUGUUGGAGCCUGCACUCAGUUUACAGAUGCAGUCAACAUUGAUGUCGGAACAAAUGAACUACCAAGAGAGAAGACAGAAAGCUACAUGCCCAUACUCUGCUCACCAAUACCUGCCCCCUUAUCCCCAUCCUCUUCAGUUCAUGCUCUCAGACCUGUUGACAUCUCAGCUGUUUAUGUCUUGGGAACUCCCAUCUCACACAGGGAGGAAGCAUCCAGAGUCGUCAGUAGAGUCGCUGAGUUGCUGUCCAUGUUUAACCCUGAAGUGAUCACUCAACAUGUGGAUCCGAUCUCAGUGCAGCCUAGAAGCUUGUUGGAGGAAGCUGAGGAACUGUUUAUCUCCCUUUCCAAUCAGGUGACAGACUGGAAGCUCGUGCUGCUGUUUGCCCAGGCAGAUUCCAUGUGUGCCUGUUCACCACAUCUUGCUGCAGAUGCUAACGCUGUUGUGCAGGAAGUGGAAGCAGCUCUGCAGUUGCUGCAGGAAAGGUUGCAUCACACUUUGGUUCACGUCGUGGUCUGGAGCUCAAAUCAUCAGCAGGACAAGUGUCAGUGUAUGAGAGAUGAAAGCAUAAACCAGCGAUUACGUAAAGCAACUCUUCUGAAAACACUGCAGGACUCUCUAAGUCAUGUCUUGGACAAUCCAAAGUGGCACAGUGAGAGGGCGGACUUCACCGCUGUGUUGCAGUCUGAGCCAGUUAUCCUUCAACCCAUCUCAGAUUCUGAGAGCACAUGGUCUGACCUCAACCAAUUAGCUGUCCAGCUAUGGACAAGCAUGCUUCAGCCAUCGACAGCUGAGGCUGAGGUCAUGUACACAAGUGUCAUCACUUUCCCUUGCCCUACCCAGGAACGACCGUUCCUGCGUACAAAGAACAAUUCCCCCACUGAAAGGGAAGGCCGAGGUUACAGCAACGCUUCUACACUAACAGAUCCUGUUAUGGGUACUGAGAUACCGUGCACAGACCGCAGUCCGUCUCCCACCACACCCACUUCAGUUCAUGAACUCCGACCUGGAGAUGUCAAGGUGGUGGCAGCACUAGGCGACUCUCUGACAGCGGGCAAUGGUGUGGGCGCUAAGACCGACAACCUUCUGUUAGUGAUGAAUCAGUACAGAGGACUGUCAUGGAGCAUUGGUGGUGAUGAAAACAUCACCACUGUGACCACUCUGCCAAACAUCCUCAGGGAGUUUAACCCCUUCCUGACUGGCUUCUCAGAGGGAGUAAGUGGCGAGGACUCUCCUGAAGCCUUCCUCAAUCAGGCUGUGGCCGGAGCCAAGAGCGGUGACAUGGUGCAACAAGCGCGUGUCCUAGUGGACAAAAUGAAAAAUGAUUCGCGACUUGACUUCCACAAUGACUGGAAAGUGAUCACCAUGUUUAUUGGUGGCAAUGACCUCUGUGACGUCUGCACAGACAGCAUUAUUUUCUCCCCCAGGAAUGUGAUGGGUCGUAUCCGCCAAGCUCUGGACAUCCUCCAUAGUGAAGUGCCUCGUGCCAUUGUCAAUCUGAUAGAGGUGUUAAACAUUGUACCACUGCGUGAUCUGCACAAUGAUAACACUCUGGGCUGUCCCACCUGGUUUGUGAGUUUAAUUUGCCCCUGCAUACUGAAGCCUAAAAAGGGAUCCUCUGAACUCCAGAAUGUCAAUGACCUCAAUAAAGCUUAUCAGCAUGCUAUGAGAGAGCUCAUUGACUCUGGGCGGUAUGACACACACGACAACUUCACUGUGGUGCUGCAGCCUUUUCUCAGGGAGGUUAUCCUUCCCAGGUUAGAGGAUGGCCGGCCUGAUCGCUCUUACUUUUCACCCGACUGUUUCCACCUGAGCCAGAGAGCUCACACUCUCAUGGCUAUGGCUCUUUGGAACAACAUGUUAGAGCCAGUGGGAAACAAAACUUUCACACACGACUUCUCAGCUGGCAUUGAUCUGAAGUGUCCCUCUAAGGCCAACCCAUUUUUUAGGACUGCUGUUAACAGUAACUACACAUUUCCAGGCUCUCCCCCCACUCCUGCUCCUACUACAAAUUGGGGCAGUGACUUUUCCUGCGUCAACACAGCUCCAUCCAACUCUGUGCCCACUUCAGCUCACAGGUUACGACCAGCAGACGUCAAAGUGGUGGCUGCUGUGGGAGACUCUAUAACGGCCGGCUUUGGUGCAAAGGCAAAGAAUUUCCUGCAGCUAAGAAUUGAGUACAGAGGGGUGUCAUGGAGCAUUGGAGGAGACCAAACUCUUGAGACUGUCACAACGUUACCCAAUAUCCUUAAAAAGUUCAAUCCUAAAAUCAAAGGGGCGUCAAAGGGACAAGGGAAAUGGCAGACUGGCUUCAACAUGGCUGUAUCAGGAGCUAAAAUAGCAGAAAUUCCAGGGCAGGUCCGACGCCUAAUAGAUACCAUGAAGAAGGACACUACGGUGGAUUUUGAGAACGACUGGAAGCUGGUGACCCUCUUUAUUGGAGGCAAUGACCUGUGCCAGUACUGCAAUGAUCGGGCCUCUUUGUCACCUCAGAACUACAGCCAUCAUAUGAUGACAACCUUGGAUAUACUUUACAAAGAGGUUCCCAAAACAAUUGUCAACAUCUUGGAGAUCCUAGAAAUUGAAGGCCUUCGCAGGAUCCAAAAGGAUAGUCUCGGGUGCAAUGUGUUACAAAAGUUUGUCUGCCCAUGCUUCUUGUUACCAGGAGAGGAUUCCCCAGAGCUGGCAGAAAUCAAACGGAUCAAUCGAGAACUGCAGAUUAGGACGGAGAAAUUGGUGCAUGGAAGCCGUUAUGACGAGAGAGAGGACUUUGCUGUGGUCGUGCAGCCGUUUUUUAGUAACUCCAUCAUUCCUUUGAAUGCUGACGGCAGACCCGACACCACCUACUUCUCUGAGGACUGCUUCCACUUCAGUGAACGAGGACACGCAGACAUGGCUGCAGCUCUCUGGAAUAACAUGUUGGAGCCAGUGGGUAAAAAACAGACAUACAACAACUUCACAAAUUCCAGAAAUAACAUCAAGUGCCCCACUGAGGAGCAUCCUUACAUCUUCACCAAGGUGAACAGCUUGGUCAGCUCCACCACCCCAGCACCCACAACUCAGAGCACCGCACUGCCUCUCAGACGAGAUUGCACAGAUGAUGUGCCGGUGUGGCUCGCUGCUGUGCUGGCCGUGACAGGUCUUCUCAUUGGCUGGGCUGUCACCUGGCUCCUCCUCUCCUGCAGAGCCAAGAGAAACAAACAGAGGAUGAUGGCUGCAGUGGAGAUGAAGGGCACCGUGUUUUAAAGAGCUACUUGCUGUAUUUUUGCACUGGACUAUUCAAGGACCAUAACUAACAAAACGACAUAGCAAUAUUUACAAUUGUUGUGAUAAUUAGAAGGUUGUUUUUCACAAUAAGACAUGAUUAGAUAGCCCUGGCAGCUUCAACCAAGUUAAUUAUUCUCUUUGAACAACAGAAACUAUUCCUGGAUGGAGGGGUGGAAAGUUACUGCCGUCUUCACCUCAGGAAAGCAAUAAAUAAAACAACAGAAUGACACUCCAUUAUAGAUCCUGCAGUAAACCUUUUGAACAUUGUAUUCCAAUGUUGUAGCUGGUCUUACAACUUAAUGCAAUGCAGUCACCAACCACUACAAAUCACACACAGUAGAUUUCAUGUGCAAAAGUAAAGGCUGAAAUGACUGGCUACAUUAACUCAUUGCUGCUGUUAUAACUGUAUGAAAAGGGCAAAUGUGUGAUAUAUGUGGGCUAAAUGAAUACAAUCACUACUUAACUUCAAAUGAAAAUAUACUGCAUUCACUGCUGUCAUACCAGGAUUUUCAGAUAAGUGGAGUAAACUCUUCUGAAAAUAUGAAUCUUUUGAACAUUGUGUGGAUUUUGUGCAAUAAUGAAUACUUGGAAAGACAAUGU